AGGUGCAGGAGGAUGCUGCAUCUGUGGGCAUGAGCAGACGUCUCUCAUCUCUUCUUGCCUCUCUCAUACUCUUCCUCUCUGGGGUGAUGGCCGCACCAACUCUGGGGGUGUACGGAUGAGCCAUAUUUGCCAGUAAUUCCUACAUUUAUCAGCCGUGUUCUGGAUGUAGAAGGAUGUGACAACCUUAGAUCAUAUAGAAAAGGAAUGCCAUACUUGUAAAGAACUACAAAUUAAGUGAAGAAUCAGCAAAAGUAUUCAAAAUGGGGACAAGAGCUGCAGCUUUUACAGCUAAAAUCCGCAACUUGAGUGAUUACCAUCUUCGACUCCUCCAUGCUGUUGUUCCUGCUCCUUCUGGCCUUGAUAUUGCUAACACCUUGAAGUACUUUUCACAGACUUUAUUAGGUGUACUGCGAGAAAUUCAAGAACGACCCAUGGAUAUGCUACACCAUCGAGACCAAGACGCCAUGAGGCUUGCUCUUUUUCCAAACUUAGACUAUUCUGGAUUACAUCAGUCACUUGUUGCUUUGGUUGAUAUUAUGCCUUUGAUUCAGUAUGGCACACAAGUGUUUGGUCAGGCACUGCUGAAUACCAUGGCCUGCCUGGUGGUCUUCUUGGAGCGCAAGGUGAUUGAUACUCUGCCAUAUCUUGUGGCAUCCAUGAUGACUUCCAUACCAGACACACUGCAUCAUCAGCUGAUUACUACACUGUGCUAUUAUAUUCUUCCAGUCACAGUAGGUGCAUCUGCUGCUGAGGGUGAAGAGGAAAAUUAUGCAGCUGCGUCAGUUCCUGCUGUUUUGAUGAUGAUCUUCCAGUAUACAGAUAACUCUGCCUUUCAUUGUGAGCUGCUGGAAUGCCUCAUGGCAUUAAAGGCGGACAUCGUAAAGGAUCUACUGUGUGUUAUUGCAUAUGGAACGCCAACCUCCCGCCCUCCUGCUGCCAACCUUCUUUUCUAUUAUUGGCCAAACCUCAACCCAACUUUGUAUGAUCGCAGAGGUGUACAUAUUAAAUUUAGUGACAUAUCAAGUGUGUUGAAGGCAAUGUUCAAUAAAUCGGCACAGGCCGCGAAAAGUGAUUCGAUAUCCCAGACUGCAAAUUCUGACAGUGGGGAAUCGAAAAAUCCAAAAGGCUGGAAACCUCUUGUGUGCCAGAUUGAAGAGUGUGACGGAGAUGGCACUAGUGAGGCUGUCAAAGUUUGUCAUGAUCAUGCAGUGUGUCUAGGAGCAUGUCCAGACAAUCCUCCACCACUCUAUAUAUGUAUUGACUGUGUGGAAGAUAUCAAGAGAGAGCACAGCACUGUGGAGUUCUUUGAUAUUCUUAUGCCAAUGGCACAAGUCUCAGCUACUUGUGAGAACAAGAACUGCCGGUCCUCUGAAAAGAAUGCCAUUGCAACUUGCUUUAGCAUGGAGUGUGCAAGUUAUAAUGGCAACAAGCCUAUUCGAUACUGUACCCAGUGCAACAACAUUCGUCACAACAACAGACGAGGUACUGACCAUGUUGUGCAUACAACUAUUGGAUCACCCUGGGCAAUGGAUCCCCAAAUGCAGAAUUAUACUAUAGAAGCUAUUGUCAGUCUUCUUAAUGAGGCUCAGCCAUUUGGAGAUAAAACUAAAUGUAAGGAUCAAGAUCGUCUCAACAGGGCUGGUCUUCUUGAUGAUAUUGAUAAGACUGAAGGCUUAUCUCCAGAAGAGAGCCGCUUACUUAGUCGCUAUGGCGUGUGGCUUAUUGUGGGUUUGUGUGCACCAACACCAGAUACACCUAUCGAGAUGCUGGGACGUAUCUUAGCGGCUCUGUGUCAUUGGUUCAAUGCCACGCAGUAUCUCCCUGAUGAUCAGCAAGGGACAUCAAUUGAGAGGCUUAAAUCUGAAAAUAUCCACAACUGGCUCCAAGAUGUGUGUAAGACCCACUUUGAGGUGUUUGUAGCCUGUCUGAUGCCUCAUCCUGUGGAAUAUGCUCGAGUUGGAGGUCACUGGGACACACUAGCAACCCGAACUGAUCAUAUCAAAGAAGGUUUCAACCGGUUAUUUUGCCUGGUGCCCUAUGAAUUAGUUACUGUUCAAGUUUGGGAUCGUGUCAUGCCUCAUUGGAUGGAAGCCAUUCACAAUGAAAUACCAGAAGAAGAACUUCCUGAACUAAAAAUUACACUUAGCAAGCUUUUGGACUCUGAUAUGAGUCCACUGGGAUUUGAUGCAACUCAGAUGUACAAGUUCAUUAGUGUUCGAUUUACCAACACUACAGGCUCAGUCCAAGAACAAACUUUGUCUUGGCUUCAGAUUUUGACAUCUCUGAAUAUUGUAAUUCCAAUGAAUUUACUACUAGCAAUAUUUAGUGAUGGUGUGUCAUCACUCUGCAAUCCAUCAGCACCCACCAGAAAAACAAGUACUUCUGGACGACAAGAUUCAAGUGUUUUAGAGCCUGUGGUAGAGGAUGAUUCUCAUAGUAGUUCAGCUCUUUCUGAGGACGAGAGGUCUCCCUCAGAGCACCCAGAGGAUCACUACUCAGACCCAGAACUUAAUCUUACGUGUUUUGUUCUUAUGCUGGAUGUCUUGUUUAAACAGAUGGAAGUUCAAGAAGUUGAGAAGCACCAGGGUGUUGAUGGUCAAGUAAGUGUAUCUGUGAUGGCACUUAUCUGUGACAUGCUGAAUGCACCUUGGCUGGCUCCACAUGCCUGUGAUGGAGAACAAGAGUGUACCACAUGUGAACUUACCACAGCAUUUUUCCAGCUAGAGAUGGAUGUAGUGGCUUAUCUUUGUCCACGAGUUGCCAUUCAGAACAAUAGGGUAGCUGAUAUCAUACCUCCAGAAAUGGAAUCUUCACAAGUCAACAAAAGUCCUGAGUUAUCAACACAAGAUAUCCAGACUGGAAGCUCUACUCAUUCUCCUAAACCUUAUCACCAGUUUCCACCAAAAGAGGGUGGACUGAUGUCAGCCAUGGCAAACAUGCCUCAGAUUGUUACAGCAACAGUUGAGACUGUUGGAGAGUUGGAUAUUGCACCUAACAUACCUCAAGAACACGUGGUGAAAGCUGUGGCCCGAGCGGUAACACUAACUGAGGAAGAUGUUGCACAUGCAACUGCCAAUGUAGCUCUGCCCAGUGUAGUGGGAGAAGAUGAUGAACCAAUUGAUACCACUCAGCACAGUGAUGAUGAUAGUGAUAACUUUUGGGUUACAUCUCAGGGCAAGUUUAAGUUUAGAAUUGAAGAACUUCCACCUCAUCUGCAAGUGAUUCAUACAUUGCUAAUUCGACUUGAAAAAUUUGAGGAUGGUGAUGUGGUGUAUCACAUCUGUGAGUGCUUGAAAUACCUGGUGCUGCACGGUGAGGCUAUGGCUCAUGCUGCAAAUGAUCAUCGAGGGUUUCUCAUUUGGUGUCAGGAAAACAAAACCAUUGGAAUAAUGUGGUCGCUCAUUGAGGCUGAGUGGUCGCACGUUGCUGAGGUCUGUGUGUCUCUACUGCUUCACUUUGUCACACUUCCCUGUGGUGCUGACAUAUUCUGGAAACUUUGUGAAAAUCACUUUAAUCAUCAAGAUUGGAAAGUUCGCUUUCAAGCAGUGGAAAAAGUGGUGGUCAUUGGUAGGUUUUUAGGGGUAUCUGCUGUUCGCCAGUGUCCAGGACUCCAGGCAGCUAUUGCACAUGCAUUCUGCUUCCUCAUCGCCUCACUAGAUGACAUUAAUGUGGCAGUAGCUCAACGAGCCUCCCUCUACCUCACUACCUUACCUGAUGCUGGUCUCCGUGCUCUCUGUUGGUGUCUUGAACAACAGUUUGACAGUGUAAUAAUGGAUAGACCCAUGAUUAUUCAAGCCCUGCAUCAGCUAAGCUCGCGCCUUCCUGAUCGCCGUAUACUGUCAUGGGAAUUCUUCUUCAAUCGUUUUGAUGCACUUUACCUUGAGGCCCAGAUUGCUCUUGAGAAGUAUGGAGACAUAGCUUUCCCAAGAGAUUUGAAGAAUUCGGACAUGACAAGUGAUGUGUUUGAAAGGAAGCUAAGUCGAGCAAAGGAUGCCUUAACGCUAGUACAGAGUGCUAGCGUACGCACUCUCUCUGGAUCUUUAGGUACAAAGUGGCCAUACAAGCGUACAAUGUCAGCUCCAGCCAACAUGUUUAAUCGCACUGUCGAGAAACAACAAGUGGAUAAAGAGAAGGAAAAAACAUACCUCCGGCAAGCCUCCGCACCGUUGCUUAAACGCAAGACCUCGAAAUUUGGACUUGGUCAAUUCAUAGGCUCAAACCAGUCCAAUCAUUUAGACUCAGCAGAUGGAGGCAUGCGGUGUGGUGACGAUGGGUCCAUUGUCCACCAGCUGCAGCGUGCCAUGGAUCUCGAGGAAACUGAUAAAGAUACACUGCACCUUCUUGUAUUUCUUUUCAUGCAGUUCCUCUCUCAGCCCCAACAUUAUGAUGAAAUUUGCAUUUUUCUAUUGGUUGUGUUUGUUUUCAGAGCAUCGCCUGUGUUUAAUGCCUUCUUGUCUAACCUGUCGCAUGUCCUGGAUCAUAAUUUUUCCAUGGGUACCCUACUGCUUCAAACCUGCUUACCAGUGUUGCAGUUUUGUGCUGCUCCACACAGAGUAGCAGACCUUCGCUACCCAGUAUUUAGCUUAUGGUGUCUUCAACCACAUCCUAGAAGAUACUGGCUUAAAUCUGUCCUUACUUUUUUAUACAAGUAUAAGUAUAGCAGUCAACCACUCUCAAUGCAGGCGCUCUCUCUGGUGCGUAUAGUACUGAAUACCAUAGAUAAUCAUUUUCAUCGCUGUCAGAAAGUUGAUGAUCCAACCUUGUGUGCUGCCAGCUCUGCAUAUUCUAGAGAAGUGAGUCAAGGAUCUAUUGGAGGAAAUGAAACUGAGCAUCCUGCAGACUCUCCACCACAGUCACCUGGGCUUUUCCCUGGAGGUGGUCGGAUCACUCUUGUUACAGGAGGGCCUCAUACUGAGGCACGGGCACAGUAUGUUGCCGACCACAAGUCUGCCUUUACUCCUGUUGGCCAGGAUACAAGGGGUAUGACAAUGCAUGGUCAUCUCAAAUUGGGAUCUAUUGGAUCAGAAGACAGCAGGAAGCAAAGAAAGAACAAUGAGUCAAACUAUGCUGCAGAUGGCGAUGAUAUAGAACCAGAAUUGGAAGCCAUACCUGAAAGUCCAAAAACAGACAGUCCCAUUUACCAGGAAUCUCUAGGAGAACUUGAACCAUAUGAAAACAUCAUGAAGGGUGAACAAGCUAUGUUGCGUGUGGAACACGAUCGUGGUACUAAAGUGAUUGUCUCUCACACACCGUGUGCACUUCCUUCUGCAACUGCUUCCAUCAUGGUUCCACAGACCAUCCGUGCACAGGCCGUUACAUCAGUUAUGGCUUCACAGAUACAAGCAUUUGAUGAAUCCUUCACUGUCAAAAUUCAUAAUGCUGAACUUGCCACAAUUGAUGUAAAGCUUCAGGACAGUGAGAGAGGGUCACCUGGAAAAUUGAAAAGUAACAAUGGUCAUGUAGACAACAACUGUCAUCGAACAUGGAUUCUUGGAACAGAUGGUACUAAGGUAGUCAGCCACUCAGAGGUAGGAUCUCCAUGUAUUUGCUUCUAUAAUAUACUAUCUUUCCAGCAUUUCGUUUUACAGAGUUUACUGCAGUUAAAUUGCUCUGCAAUUUUUACAUCUCUUGAGCUAGCACAUAUAGUGAUAUACGGGAAUACAUUUCAGCAGCAGAAAACAAAUGGACGGGAGGUGAAAAAAACACCAGUAUCAGGAAGUCACUUGUCCCCUAAAUCGGUUCACACUCUUGGACCACCUAUUAAAGAUGAGGCCUUUAAAUCCAUCGAGCAUAAGAAUCUUGCAAAGUAUGGCAAUCCAGAUAUAUCAUCUAGAGAACGUUUGCUGCCUGUUGGAUUAGACAAAUGUGGAGUCACAGACUCUGGUUGCAACAAGGAUAAUGCUGAGCAUCAAGUUAAGAGAGCAGCUCAUCAUGAUUCAUCAAAACUGCAAGAUGCUGUUUUUGCAGAAGCCACUGUUGUAGAAUCGAGUGUUUAUGAUCCCUCCGUUAUUGAAACAGUGGUUUCAAGGGACUCUAGGGUGGUGCCAGAUCCACGAGGAGACAUGGGUCGUGCAUCUUUCAUCCACCACCGCUCUCCGCAGUCUCCACUUUCAAUGAUGGAUUUGAUGACUCUUGGAUCACCUGUUGAGCUAGAUGAUCAAACCAACACAGCGUUGGACUCACCAAACACAGAAGUCGUGUCUCCCCCAGAUGCUCUUGAACUUCCAACACCUGAACGUUUGUUGCUAGUUGGAUGUGAAAAGACAACUCCAAGUAAGAAGCAUGAAGAUAGCCAGCCAGGAUCCAUCCUAGAACGAGUUUGGCAGGCAUUUGGAGGCUGGGCAAAUGGAAGCAAAAGCAGCAAUCAAAGCAGUAGUGACUGUGAGCUCGUGGAGGUAGUGGCUCAUAAGGAUGCAAACAAAUCACUGAAGCGAAAGAGUAUAGAUGGGCAAAGAGUUCCAAUGGAGAAGCAAGACCAAGUGAACACAUCUACGGAAGAGACAAGUGACACGUCAAAUUCAGGCACAACAACAAAUAAUUCAGGUCCUGAGGAUACGUGCAUUGGUAAAGGUGGCUUGCAUGGCAAAGGCAAACCUGUGUCUGUAGAAAGUGAAAGAGAAGUUCUCAAGGAUGGAUAUCGAUGGAGUGACAGUGACAAUAUAGCUUCUUUAUGUGGUGGUGGUGUUACAAAUAGUAACUCACAAGGGCCGCCUCCACCACCCUCCAUCAAGCAGUCAGCUCUUAGAGUUGGAGAAGAUUGUAUGUUGUACAGAUGCAUGGAAUGUGGUGAAGUUUUGGAAGAGUUUUCCAAUGAUGACCUUGGCUUGUGCAUCAUAAUUCUCUCUACAUUUGUGUACCGACAACCUGGGCUUGCUGCACCUCUGCUUCCAAGGAUGCUGAAAACAGUGGCCAGGGUAUCUGGAAGUGAGAUAUUCUCCUGGCAGUUUGAAAGCUCUGUCCACCUUCCUGGUUCGGCAACCAGCAUUGGUCGGCAGUUUCUUCGUUGUGUUCUGCAUCAGCUUGCACCAAAUCAAAUCUUUAACCAAAUAUUUUUCACCAGUAUUGAAGAAUACCAGCGGGUUCAGCUGUUCAAAACAUUGGCACAAGCUCUGAUGGAUUUUAAUGAGCUGAAUCCUUCUGCUCCCAUCCAGUUGCUUCUUGAGAACCAGAACAGCAAGAAGGUUCUUCCAACAGAAAAUCUUGCACAUUUGCUUGGUAAUGUUGCAUCAUACAUGGAGUGUGUUGGACAAGAUGGUGGUGGUGGCCUCUCUUCCAGUUUAGUCCCUCUUUUUGAUACAUUUCUUCGUAAAGUUCUCCUAUGUAUCAAUGUCAUGGUUGAUUUGAACCCAGUGCUGAGGCUUCUAGUUGCAGUUCUCAAGAUACCAGGGGUGCCAUUGCAUAAGAGUGUCCUCGACCCAAUUUCUAAGUUAGUGAGCUAUUCCAUUCAGAACUCUGUCAUGAAAUAUGAAUACCUGAGUGACCUGUGUCAUCUGUGCAACCGGAUCUUUUCAAGGGAGAGGGACAAGUUGUUGUUGCCAAGGCUGGUUGUAUAUGAAUUAGUUCAAGCACUAAAAUUUAAAACUUCAAUCCCUGAUACCAACUUGGUUCUUCUUGUGCAGCUUGUGGUGCAGGACAGUGGAGGAACCUUGGGUAAUAAUACUGUUGUUGGAGACUUGACUAAGGACAUUCAAGAUUUUCACAAUUUUCCCAACACAUGUGCUGCAGAAUGUAUGCGCUCACAUUUGCAUGAUGCUCUGGAGUUCAUUGCUGAUGUACAUACACUAACCAAAGUGAAGUCAAAUUGCCGUAGCAGUGUUGGCUUGAAUGAGGAUACAAUGGGUGGAUUGGUGAAAGCGGGCAUCUCUCAGUAUUUAGCACUGGAAAUUACCCGUGGUAAUAGCAGAGACAAUAGAGCUAUUACUAAAUAUCUUCCAUGGCUGAACAAUCCUCCUACAACUGUUCAACAAGGACCUCGAGAAUUUAUUGAGUGUGUGUCCCACAUUCGUUUACUGUCAUGGCUGCUGCUUGGUGCUCUUACACACACUUGUCUUAUUGGAAGCUCAGCUUCAAUAGUGUGCCAGCCAAUACCUCCAGAAGCUUCUUGUCAUAUUGCUGACCAUAUUCAGGUGAUCUUGGCAGGUUUUGCUGAGCAGUCAAAAACCUCUGUGCUUCAUAUGUCAUCUCUAUUCCAUGCCUUCAUUUUAUGUCAGCUAUGGACAGUAUACCUAGAACAAGGUGCUGGAAGCCCAGGAGGUGACAGUUAUAGCAGCAUCUCAGCUAUACUUACUGAUUUCUGGGCAAAGGUCACUCCAGGGAUUCUUCAGCUGGUCUCACACUCUAAAGUGGAAACUGAAACAGCCCAGCUAAGUGAAAUGGUCAACCUACACUUUCUGAGUUUGAUGGAGGCCCUACACGAGUGUCGCUCUACUGUCCUCACCAAGUUACUACCCCUCUGGGCUCCAGUUUUGUACACACACCACACUAAGUUACCAGGACAGUUAGCUGUUAGACUUCAGGCAUGUCAGAAUGCUGCUCCACCGACAGACCCUGAGACCCCAAGUCCAAGCACCACAUCCCUACCAAAUUUGCUUCGCUGGCUUCACAGACUCCAGUUUAAAAUGGGACAAAUUGAACUUCAGUCAUCUGCUGCCACACAGUUCUACUCUGUAUAAAAUCUUGUACAGCAGAAUUUUUACUAUCUGGACAUAUUUAACUUUGGUCUGCAUAUUAUAGGUAUACAGUAAUGUAUUGCUAUUAAUUUUUUAAAAUAUGAGGUCCUGAACUCUAGAUAUAUGUAGUAAAGAACUGACAAUAAGAAAUUUUAAUGUAGAUAAAAAAAAUAAUAUCUACAGGCAACCCUUGCACUUACUACCUAAUUAGUUCUACAAAAGCCAUUAGUUCCAAAGUCAAAUCAUUAUUUCCCUAUAGGUACAAUAUUUAAAAUAAAAGUCCCAUUCAUGGGAACCAAGUGCAUACACAAAUUUGUUUGGGGAAGACUCAAGUUGGAUACUUGUGAACUCAGGGUUGCUUGUACUAUAUAUUUAAAAUAGUAAUUAAAAACCAGCACUCUACCUUAAGAAUUAUUUAUGUCUACUUUAACAGUGUUGAUUACAGGUGUGAUGGAGGGCACCAUAGCAUUCAAAGAUGCCAUACACUCACCCUGAUCUAAACCCAACAUAAACUUUAUCUUCCAAUAUUUACUUAACUUGCAUUUAAACUUUAAAACAUGCCUACAGCAUAAGGAGUGCAACACCUGGUUUAUAAUAAGUUCAUAACACUGGAAAACACACAAGUAUUUAAGUACAUUUUUUGCCAACCUUUGAUCAACUACAAGAAUGUAUGGAUACUUUAGUGUGGCAAUUAAUAUAGUAGGAGACAGUACACAUUCUAUUUUACAGAGAAAAUAUGAAUUAACUGAUGGUAUUUAUAUUUUGAUAACAUUCAUUAAUUUGUAACCAGUAUAUGUAGCAGCAUUUAUGCUUAAAAAUGUUUAUUUGAUCAGAUAAUAAAAACAAAUAUAUACUGGAUGCAAAAUAUUAUAAUAAAAAGUUAUUGCAUAACAAAGAAUAAAUAGUUUUAUUAAAUUUAUGGAUAAUUUGAUGUCUUAAAAUAUAUAAACUGUUCAAAAAGAGAGGUACCUUCUUCAGUCUUUAUCCAUGGAAGCACUACUGUAAAAA